AUGUCCUUCAAUGAUACGCAGUUCAACAGCACAUUCAAUGAGAACGAUGCUGGGAAUGUUGAAACAAAAGCCGUAUCCUUCUACACCCCUCUGAUCUAUGUGUCCAUAUUGAUUAUAUCACUUAUUGUAUUUGCUUCGCAGUAUAGGAAGAAAACUGUUCAAGAGCUAAGUGAGCUACCCUCAAUGUUUGAUGAAUCUGUGGCUAGAGACCUUUUUUUUGAGCUUAAACAGAUGAAUGAAUUGGGGGAAGCCAAAGUGCACGAAAAAGUGCUGAAGGCUGCCCUUCUUAACCGCGGUGCCGAGGCCAUUAGAAGAACUCUGAAAUUAAAGGAAUCUGAACCUCAAAUAACCAUGCUGUACAAAAAUGGAUGCGUUGGUGAAGAAUAUUGGAAGCGGUACCAGAACGAGGUAAAGCUAGUUGAUUUGGAAUUCAAGGAAGCGAUUCAAGAAGCAGAACAGAUGCAGCCUGGCUGGCCUCAGCUGUUCGUGGCUGUUAGCAAAGAAAUAUGCUUUAAUCAAGCUUUGAAGAGACGCUUUCAAGCAAUUUUGCUUCGCAAGGAAGUGUAUUCGGAACAAUGGCAGCUCAAGUUUGACAGCGUCGGAAAAUUGAUUGAGUAG